AUGGAGAACAAUAAAGAUGAUGUGAUCUUGCUUGAACGAAGUUAUCCACAACGAUCAUUUCUACACAAAAAAAUUAGUUUAACAAUACCUAUAUGUGCUUUAUUGUUUGUGGUUUUUCUUUUAUCGGCAUUCAUUGUUUCAAUAAUUUCAUUGUAUUGGGUUGAAGGUACUAUAUGUUAUAUAAAUAAUAAUGAAGUAAUCAAACAAGAUCAGCCUAAAUCAAGACAAAUCUAUUAUUCUCGACCAAAACGAAGUUUGACAUCAAGAAAAUCCAAUAUUCCAUGUUUGAGUUUUGAGUGUUGUAAGACGUCUCUUAAUCCUAAUGCUCCAUGGAAUCAAAGUCGAUUACCAACAAAUGUUUAUCCUAUUGAUUAUCAAUUAGAAUUAGAAUUAUCUAAAUUAAAUGAACAACGUGAUCAAUAUAGUGGUACCGUUGAUAUUGUUCUUGAAGUUCGCUCGCCAACAAAUGAUAUAAUUCUUCAUGUCCGAACAGUAUUCCAUUGA